AUGUCUCUGACCCAGGGUGUGCUGCCAGGAGUGGACCACAGCCACAAUCGUCCCGGAUCAGAGGAGCCAGUGUCAGUGGUGCAUUGUGGGCAGCGGGGCCAGUGUCAGUGGUGCAUUGUGGGCAGCGGGGCCAGUAAGAAGGACAAAGCAUGGGCACCGAACAGAAAAACCAAAAAAGAGUGUUCCAUAACAAAAACAGGAAUAGGGAGAAGUGAGGCUGCGUGCGCAUCCAGUGAAUUUGCCUGUGCUUCCAAUGGCCACUGCAUCCCUGAUGACUACGUGUGUGACGAUAUCAUGGACUGCGACGAUGAAUCGGACGAAGAGCCUGUCAUUGAGGACUGUCAGGCGUAUCUUGACGGGCUGGACGAGGAGGAGUCCAUCUUCCCUUCAUUCUCCACUGAUGACGAGGAUGACGAUGAUGAUGAUGGUGACGAUGAUGACGAGGACGAUGAACAAGUGAUAGUUGAGCAGGAGCCUCCACAGCAGUGUGGCCUCAGGAAGUGUCAAGUGGGCUCUAAGUUCAAGCUGAUGGACGGCCUGACACACUACUACACUUACCACACCAAGUCAGUGACGGAGGUGUCGGGCUCCUCUCCCUCCAACACUUCCCUCGCCAUUCGCGCCCAGCUCGCCUUCACCGUGCUCACCGCCUGUGAAUUGGAGCUUGAGGUCAGGGACAUGGUUGUGGAGACGACCCGCAGCGACAGUGGCGGCCAGCUACACGCGGUGGACGACAACGCCUUCAUCGCCGCCGUCACUAAAAACCCUCUAAGAUUUGCCUACCACGACGGCCUGGUGGAGGAAAUUUGUCCCCGUCCUGACGAGGAGCCCAAUGCUCUCAACUUCAAGCGGGCGGCAGUGUCUCUGCUGCAAAACACCAUGCCGCGCCUCGACCUGGACCACCACACCACAGAGACUGACGUGGUGGGUCACUGCGAAGUGGACUACGAGGUGGCGGGAGUGGCCGGCAAAGGUCUGCUCCUGAAGAAGACCCGAAACAUUCCCUCCUGCACCACCCGCUCCUCCACUACCUCCUUCAUCAAGGGUGUCGAGUAUGAUUUUGUCGGGGGUAUCCACACUCCUCCGCUGCUGGACACGACUAGCGAGUGUGUGCAGGUGGUGGCUGAGGGGCAAGUAGAGAGUGCGCGGUGCCAUGAACUCCACCGCUUGACGCCAUUCAGCUCAGAGAGAGGCGGCAUCUUCACCACCGUCACUCAGACACUCAACUUCACCCACAAAGCGUUCUCUUCCUCCAAGAUGGGCAGCGUGCAUGGCCGGACCAACCUGUUGUAUGAUUACCACAACCACGUCCAUGCCGAAGGGAACCCUGCUGACGGAGCGGACGAUGCACACUUCUGGGGCUCCCGCUCAAACCAAAUCCUUGACAAGAUCGCCGAGAACAUGGAGAAUGAGGGCGUGGGCACCAAUGCUCCGCGUCUUUUCCUUGAGUUGGUUCAGGCUCUGCGCCACCUCAGUUUCCAGGAGCUGUGGGGAAUCAACGAGGAACGAGACUGGGGUCCCGAGCGGAUUGUGUUCGACGACGCCCUCCCGGUGCUUGGCACGGGGGCCAGCGUGGGCGUCAUGCGCGACCUCAUGGGCCAGGACCACAACAACAUCCUCACCAACACUUGGCUCACCUCCCUCUCCUUCAUCUCUAGACCUGACUUGGACACCAUUCUGGAGGCGGCGCCGCUGCUGGAGGUGGAGAGGGUGCACGCUGACGCCUUUCUCGGGGUGGGGUCCCUGGUGCAGGCCUACUGCCGCGACCAUCCACUCUGCACUCAAGACCCGCCCGUCCUGAGGGUCAUGGACACACUGCAGCGCUUCGUCGGCGAUUCCUGCCAUAGGGAAACUAAACAAGAUAAGAUCCAGGUUCUGAUGGCCAUGAAGGGAAUCGGCAACGCGGGGGCGGCGGUGACGGAAGGCAUCCCAGGGAAUCUGGCGCAGUGUUUCAUCAGUCAACAAAAUGAAAACGAGAUCCGCCUGGGCGCCAUCACUGCUUUCAGACGCUUUCCCUGCGAGGUGUCCCGCGCCCCGCUGCAGCAACUGUUUCAGGAUCACACUGAGGACGCCGAGCUGCGCAUUGCCGCCUAUCUGGAGCUGAUGCGUUGCCCUGACUUCCAGGUGGUGAAGCUGGUCAAGCAGACGCUACUCAACGAGGAAGUCAACCAAGUGGGUUCCUUUGUGUGGACGCACUUAGAGAACCUGAAGGAGACGAGCAUGCCCUCUCGCGCACACCUGCAGGGUCUCAUCUCUAACCAAGACAUUGCCAGCAAGUUCACUGCAGAUGUAAGGAAAUUCUCGAGAAACAUCGAACUCUCUGGAUUUUACGAUCAACUCAACGUUGGUGGUAAUAUGGACGCCAAUGUGGUGUUCUCCCAGGAGUCAUACAUCCCGCGCUCCGCAACAUUCAAUUUCACCACAGAUCUCUUCGGCCACUCACUCAACCUUCUAGAAAUUGGUGCUCGAAUCGAGGGCUGGGAUCGUGAACUGGAUGCUAUGUUCUUCCGGCCCCCGUCCCCCUCUGACAGCGAAGCAGCCCUGUCUAACCCUAAGCUGCGUGAGGUCAUGUCGAGAACGCAAAAGAAAGAAAAAUAUAUGCAAAAGGACGCUGAGGUGUCGUUCCACAUGAAGACCUUCGGCAACGAGAUUUACUACCGUCAUCUGCAUGGCAUCCAGGAGGUGAUGCAGGCACUCGGCACCCUCAAUCCGGCAGAGAGAAUACGUCGCCUCAACAUGGGAGAGGACAUAAACCUUCAGAAGUCGUGGCUGGCAACCGAGUCAGCGUACAUCAUUCCCACCACCGCGGGGCUGCCCCUCAACCUCAGCGUCACCGCCAGCGUGGCUCUCGACGUCCACGCCAGCGGCAAGAUUGACGUCUUCAACCUACUACAAGGGCGGGGAGGCAUCAGCGGAAGACUCAAACCCAGCGUCGGGGUGGAGGUGGUUGGUUCUAUGCUGGUGGAUGGACAUGUGGCGCAGUCUGGUGCGCAGCUGGUUUCCACACUCCACUCCUCCACAGUGAUCGAGGGCAGGUUCGACAUCAACGGCUCCGAGCUUGUCCGAGUAGACCUUGCCAUGCCCAGGGACAAGAUUGACAUUAUGAAUAUUUCGUCCAGUCUUGUGCUCAUCCACGGGUCAGCUGAGGCAGCGGUGCCACACUCCCGGGAGUCACUGGAUGGUGUGACGAGUGAUCGCAUGGAACUGGCUGGAUGUUCGGCCUACCAGGAUAAGUUAGGAGCAAAGUUGUGCUGGAAUGUGCAGUAUCCCAAUGCCUCUAGAGUACCGGAGAGUCCCUUCUUCCCCCUUACUGGGCCUGCACAGCUGCAAGUGGCCCUUCACAAGACAGAUCCAACGCUUACCACUUACCAGAUUCGCUACACGUGGGAACGCAGGAUGCUGUACCGCACUUUCCUGCUGUCAGUGAACACACCAGGUACAGCCAUUCCACGGGAACACAGCAUCAGCUACAAUAUUAACUUCGGCUCUCAGAAUAUUUACUUGGACCUACAUUCUCCUCAGACAAAUAUAUCAGCUAGAGGUCGUUACGUGGACAGCAGUAGAGAGCGGCGCGCAGAUCUGAAUGUGGAGCUCAAUGGGCGAGAGGUUGCAACACUCACUGCAGGCCUUGCUGCCCACAGCAGGGAGGGACGAGAUGUGAUCAGACCCAUCUUCACUGUAACCUAUCAAGGCCAUGAUGCCAUCAAGGUCACAGGCGUUGUGGACCGUCGUCAGAGCGGCGGCAGAGAAUUGAUGGAGGUUGACAUGCAAGUGAGUUGUUUGCUGCCACAGGAGGAUGGACGUUGGGCAAUGGCUGCUGGAACCAUCAAGGGUAACCUCUUCCAUGGUCUAAGCGAGUGGACCGGCAAUCUUGAGGCACUUUACAGCCCCUCGGAGUCAGCAGCAAGUGAGAGUAUCAAGCUGGAAUACCGGUGGACUGAACCACUCUCAGUUCACACAGAGAUCAAGAAAGAGCUCAGUGUACGCUUCUUCUUCUCACAGUUUCCAAAUAUUAAUUUCAAGGGCCAGCUGUUGAGACGGUUACAUUAUGGUACUAGAGAAAAUAGUUUACAGCUUAAUUUUGGUGAAAAUUUUGAGGAUGUAAAUCAUCGUGUUGAUAUAUACGAGUCCUUCACCUACCACAAUACUGAAACAGCCACAGUUUUCAACUUCACCACUAGCAUCAAGCAACGUUUGCGAAACCUUGACUUAAAGUUUGGGACGGACUGGUAUCGAGACAAGUAUGUUCACAACACUGGAAUCCUCAUUCAGUAUGAUACAAAUCAUCGGAUAGAAUCACGGCUGCACAUGAAAUGGAAACCACUUGGAUUGGUUGACACAGAAGGUUCUUGGUUUCUCAAGAUUCCUGGAAGAGUGGACUGGGAAGUUAAUGGACAUGUCAAAGAAAACGUUGUCAAAAAAUACACGUUUGAAGUUGAAAUAAAAGCCGGACACAACUGGCGACUAGAAGCAAGUGGAACAUACAGCGACCAUUCAACUCUCCUGGAGCAGCUACACAACCUUCAGCUGGACCUUCACCUUCCAAGCUACGGCCUCACAAGGAUCAACACGACAGUUCACUCCAACAACUACCGCAUGAGCCUUGACACACAUAUUUUAUUGAAUGAUGGAAGGAAUUAUGAGGUGAAGUUAGCUUAUGAAAGGCGGCUGGACCACAUGCAAGCACAGGAACACAUUCUCCACUUUGAGCUCCACAUGCCCAACCAGCUGUACAUCCUUAAUAGUGCCAUUAGCUUUGGUACUGUUAUUACUUUCACAAGUGAAUUACACCUUGACAGACGUGACAUUCAUCUGAGUGUGACGGCAGAUAUUCUGCAACCAAGAAAAACUGGUCUUCAAGUUCUCUUAAAAUGGAAUGCUAACAGGGAUCCAAAUCAAAAGAUGUCGAUUGAGAUGCAGUAUGUGAAUCCAAAUGACAGAACGUCUAACUUUACUCUGAAUGGCCUUUUGUUCUUCCUGGGUCAGCAGUAUCGAAUCAACUGGAUGACUGAGAGAAGAUUGGAAUAUAUGGAGAGAGAUAUGAUCUGGGAGAACAGAAAUGAAGGAUCCUUCAGCUGGAUGGAGCAGAGUGGUCACUUGCAGGAGAUAGCGGCCAAUGUAACCAUGAGGUUCAGACGUGGCGACACAGCAGAACUGUACGGCAUGUUUGACCUGGACACACCCUUCCCACACUGGAAAAAGAAUUAUCUGGAACUAAAAUACUUCAGAAAUGCAGAUCAGAUUGAGAGCAAGUUGAAGGCACGAUGGCAUGAUGGAGAAUUUAUAGAUUUGCAGCUGAAAGCUCAAAAGCAGAUCCAGAACAGCAACUUUAGGAUAGAAACAAGACUGGAUGUGAAUUCUUCAUUUGAGGGCCUUGUCUAUGCUAGCACAGAAGUCUGGAUUGAGAAGAAAUCAGGUGUCAUUGACUUAAACUUUUAUAUACAGUGGGAUAGAGACAGAUUGGAAGUCACCAUUGAAGGAAAAGACGACAGCUCUGAAACGGAGACAAGAUUUUCACUCUUUGGACAAAUUCUCACCACCAUUGAAGGCUACCAUGAAAUAUCGUAUGCUGUUGAUUUCAUCAUUGGCUCUAGUAGUGCUGAUAUUCAUGCUACGGCAAAGUGGGAGGGACACUUUUAUAAGAUCACACUGAGUGGCACCAUGUACAAUGGAUUGGAGUACCUUCGCCUAGGAGUGAAUGUGGAAGGUGACCACCGUGAGGAGCCCCUGGUGACGGCAUCCUUCCGUGUGUACCACGACCCAGAAACCUUAGAGGAAAAACUUUCGAUUGUGUUAAGGUGGCCUGAGGAGGAGGUGCUGGUGGACGGCCAAGUGGCAACAUUGCCGUACCGCUUCAAGGCCGGCAUUGAAGUGGAGUCAACUUUUGAGGAGUUGGAGAGAGCAGUUAUUGUUCUUGGCUUUACAAAGGACACUGUUAUGAAGACUGAAGCCAAAUUGCAAUGGAAUGAUAAUGUUGAUGCUGGCUUUGAGCUGCUUGGUCAGGUGACUUCAGUCACAGACUUCUUCAUAAGUUGCACCAUACUCACACCUUUCUCAGGAUUGAAGAUAAUAAAGGGUGAAUUGAGAAACCUAUUCCAGUUACAGCCUCAAGUUCGUGUCCACCCAAGAAUCUACGGCCAGUUGGGAGAUAAAAAGUAUGGACUUGGAGCACGGUACGAGCAGGGUGAGUUGCCUCGUCUGCGUGUGGCCUUAGAGCUGUACACUCCACUGCCUGAGCUGCACACUGUCUUCCUGGACGUAUGUGACAAUUCAACGGUCUCAGAUAUCAAGUAUGGGCUUGUCAUGAAGUACGGGCCCACCAAACACCUGAGGAUUGAUGUGGAUCUAAAGGAGAAGCCUGGUGGGAUGGAGGGUCAAGCCGUGGCUGCCUUGCCAUUGCAGUCUCUGGGUGAAGACUUAGAAGAUGCCACACUGGAGGCCUCAGGGAGCUUCCUCUGGCUACCUCAACCCAAACUGGAACUCACACUACUCUCCCAGUCCUCUUCACUCACUAAGGUUGAAGUGAAGGCCAGUUUCAAAGAAGAGGUUGAAGGGAAGCUUCAGUUAACUGUUACAACUCCAGUGAGUGGAUAUGAGAACCUGGACCUUGCCAUUGAGUAUAGCCUUCCUGUUGAUGAGCAGCCAGGACACUUUGAUGGCAGGCUCAACACUUCUGUCAACACUGAGUUCCACUUGAAAGGAACUGGUACCACCAAGGAGUUAGAAGCAUCUUUUGUUACACCAUAUGAACCUUUCAGAAACGGAAAUUUCAUGUGGAAGAUGACAUCCCUUGAUGUUGUGAAAUCUCGGCUGGUGGCCAAAUUCCAAUGGGAGAACAGCAACAUUGCUCUUGAUGCUUCAGUUAAAUUCCAACAGAAUUUCAUCCAAAUGUUGGAAGGAACACUGGAGACACCUUGGGAAGACCUGGGCCAUUCCAGCAUCCGCCUUGUAGGACAGCCUCAGGAAGGAGGCUACAAGAACCAGCUGGUACUACGGGGCACGGAAACUACCUACAGAGGACACCUCUUUUGGAAGUACCGCGAUGAAAAUGAUUGGGAUGUUGAUAUACAGGUUGAGCCAGAGAACAGAGGACGUGGAGGAAGAUACACACUGCAGGUAGCUCUGACAAAUGUGGGACAUAAACCUUUCAAAAUAGGUCUCCGUAUGAGCACACCUCAUCAAGGCUUCCAGAAUCUUGACUUUCAGCUGAUUCUUCAGCGAUCUCAAGUUCCAUACAGUAUGAGAGUUGAGUGGGACUUCCCUGUGGGUGCUGGCACCAUUGUAAUUGACAUCAUUCAAUUAUCUUUUGAUAAGGUAGAAUGUAAAACUUCCCUCGUACUAAGAAAGCAAGCAGGCUCUCAUAUUUCCUACAUGGUGGACCUGAACCUCUCCAAUGGUCCAUCCCGAGAUAUGAUUGAUGUUGCAGGAAGUGUGGAAUUCAAAAGCAACCAUGAAUACUGGGAUCACCUCGUGUUGAGAGGAAAAGUGCGACAGAUAACAAAUGAUCCUGGAGAGUUGAGUCUGUACCUAAUGUGGCCAAGACUGGACCCUAUUACUUUCAUAGCUCAUGCUGAACACCAGAACACUGGCCACCAUCUUAUCAUUAAGCCUCUCAUCUCCUUGAACCUGACCAGUGCUCACUACAACUUCAAUGGAGAGAUGCUCAGGCAAGGUCAGCACCUCAACCUGACUGGAGUACUGGAUUGGAAGCGAGAGUUUUCUGAACCCCAACAGGUGCAUCUUUACUCCGGUCUUGUCUUCAAUGAAGGAAAUGUCAGUGGACAACUAACCUUGAGUUUGCCCAUGGUGGAAGGAUGGCAGGACAUCAAGGCUGACCUGUUUUAUGAGACCCGUGAAGGGAGGCACUGGUUUAGGUCAUCCAUGGUGACAGGAUCAGAAGUUACAGCAUUGUCUGGCAAUAUGCUGGCACAAGGCUUUCCAGCUACUGAAGGCACCAUCAAUGUCACCUCAACCUUAAAGUGGGAGAACCAACCACUGACUUUUAACUUCAAGCAGGAUCUCAAUGACAUUGGUUACAAUGGAGAUUAUCACCUUGAGUGGCCUGUCAGGACAGAUAGCAGCUCACCCUGGAUGAGGAGUCCUGUGCAGGCUUCCCUCAGGCACCGUUUCCUGGAGGCUGGCCACGGGGGAACGUUCAAAAUAACUCUCAAGCGCAAGGAUAUUGAUAUUCAGACAGACUAUGGCUUCAAGUUCCCGGCCACAGGGGACGUGACAGUGGAGCUGGGGGCCACCUUCCAAAGAGUCGUCAAGGUGAAGGUGAAGGUGGACCGUAUCACUGCUGUGGUGGCAGAAAAUGUAAUCAAGCAGCGUACAUCCUUUGAGUUCAGCAAUCCUCUUUGGCCAUUAGGUGUUGCUUCUACAAAGGAAACCAAUAUAAAAAGCUCAACAGAAUUAGAGACAGUGACCACUCUAGAACUGUACGAUCUGCACGACGUGUCCCGUCGCAUCACUGUCACUCUCAUCCGCAACACAGCACAGAGCAAAAGGAAUUCAGUUAUUAAAGUGAAAAGUUUUGGCAGAGAGAUUUUCAUCAACAUGGGAUAUGAUUUCACUCCUGGAAAGUUCUGCAUAAACUUUCUACUGUCCUGGGCAGAAGAUAGGAAAAUUGAAUUUGAUAUAUCUUGGAAAGAUGUGUCUAAGGGAUUUUCUAAAGAACAGAUCUUGAAAGGAAAGUUCUCACAGCCAUUUAGAACUGUACUUCUUGAUGGCUAUUACAUGCGCAAUAACAGAAAUAUUACAGCCUUCCUAAAAUUCAAUUGGGAUGCCAUGAAUCCAAGUGAAGAAGUAGUUAUUGGGCAACUCCAGUGGACUGACGAAAGCACCUGGGACAAAGUGGUUCACAAGUCUCAUGUCAGCCUCUCACACCCUCUUCUUCAAAAGGAUAUAAUGGUGUGGGGAGAAGUGCAGCAUGAUGGCCUGGAGGAACUCACUGUUGAGGGGCAAAUGGAGUAUUCUUCAGAUCCAAUGAAGAACUUGAAAUUGGAGAUAAUCAUGUUGAAGGACAAAACUCGUAAUGAUGCUUUGGUGAUCAAUGAGAGAGCAGUUCUCAUGCAUCCUGCAACCAAUCUGACCUUGAAGACCAAUGGGAGCUUGGAGAUGAACACAAUUAAGUAUGCAUUACAGCAAGACUUCCUGUACACCAAUUACUCUGGCCAUCCAUACACAGCACAUCUCAUCACCGGUGUUGACCUUGUGCAGAAAACUUUUCAGAUUACAUUGGAAACAUGGAAAAAGGUGAUGGAUGUUCUAGUGGAGGUGCAGCAAGAGAGGGAAGAUCAGUGGAUUGUUUCCACCAGCAGCUAUCCUGGACAGGAGACACCUCUUCUGACAAGUGUGGAGUUCCAUCCCUCCCAUCAGGUCAUCACCAUCACGUUUGACAACCUCCUCACCAACGACACAACCUAUGACACAAACUUCCCAAGAUACAUUGCUGAACAAGUGGUUGUUGAGGGUGGCUUGGAAGACCUUCGUAAUGCCAGGUUCUCCAUGAAACAUUUACGGCCCAGCUGGCUGAGUGAUGGCCAGCAACUGCAACAGCAAGACCAAGAACAACCAUCAUGGGUACUGGAUGCAAACUUUUAUUUCCGUCUCAACAACUCUCGUCUCCUUACAUCUUGUUUUGACUGGAGACCAGAAAUCAAGGAGGAAAUUUUGAAUGAAGUUGGUGAGUUCAUCGGUGCUUCACAUGAUUUACGAAGAAGUGCAGAGGAAUGGCUUCAAGCAGCACUUAAAAAGCUGGGAGAAGAAUGCCAUGCCAGGGCAAAACCAGUGGUGGCAGACUUGGUGCAACAUACCAAGCCCAUCAUCGUUGACUUCAAGGAUGAAUCUGAGGAGUUUGUGGCUGACAUGUGGCAGCUCUACAACAGCAUCAACUCAACCGCCACAGAGCUCAGUGUCCGAGACUCUCUUCAGUUCAUCAUUCGCACCAUCCUUCAAUCUCUACAGGAAAUCCCAGCAUUUCAAAAGGUAAAGGAAAAGUUGGCUAGAGGGGAGUUAAAAGGCCAGCUUAGUAGAUAUUUAAGAAAGCUUCAAGUCUUCAUCCAAGAUAUCUUUUCUGAUGUGGAAGGACCCGGCUUCAAAGAAAAAUUAAAGGCCUUGUUUAUUAUGUUAGCUGAGAGAUAUGACCAGUAUGCCAAGCGUCUUUAUCUUCAAGCCCGGGAGUCCAUCAAAGCCUUCAGUCAGCGCCUGGCAGAAUGGUUCUAUGUCAAGUGGCAGGCUGUCUACAAUAAUUACAAACCACACAUCCUCCGUACUUUUGAUGAUGUAGAAACCAAUGCUUGGACUUUUGCAGAAAAUCUAAUUGGUUGGAUGAAGCAGUUAGGCCUAGAAGUCAAAUCAUCAGCCUAUUACCAACGCAUCCAAGAACUGGCAACCUACCUGGAAAAAAUAUACAAAGACUUUUCAGAAAAAUCAAAACGAGAAAAUCUGGAGGAAUACUUCUCAAUGAUUAUAGAGAAAGUAAAGAGUGGAGCAAAAGCUUUCCUUGAUCUGGUGGCACCAUUCAUGGAAGACUGGGGAGGAGAGCUGAGGAAGGCAUGGAACACCCUUAUGCAGUUCCGCACAGCUCGGACAGUGAAGGAGGUGGUUGUAGCAGCCAUCAAUAAGGCAAUUUGGACAGUGCAGUAUGUGAACAUUAGUGGACAGUUGAUAGAUGCAAUGGCUUUUCUGCUAGAGCAUGGAUGGACCAUCUUCACACAGACUGGUGUUGAGGCCUCUCAGAAAUAUAUCAAGGCCAAGACAAUGUUCAGAUACACACCAGAAAAAGGAAAAUUGGAGCUGGUACAGAAACUGCCUUUGGACUGGCAUGCAUUUAAUCACAAACCCAGCUGGCAGGAUCUGUCUGAAUAUAGUCAAAUUGUCAAGGUAUUCAGCUUCUUCUCCUCAUCCUCUAAUACCACAUUGUUCAAGAUUUGGCACAAGAUGGUAAAGCUGCGCUUCUCUCCCAGCAGUUUGUUCCCACCCUUCACAGCCACAGGAUACAUGAUUGGGGAGCAACACUUCAUCACCUUUGACCAGCAGCACCUGGAAUACAAAGGGCGGUGUCAGCAUCUCCUUGUGGCAGACAUGGUGGGAGGACGAUGGGCCGUGUCAGUUAACUACCACCAUCACUCCUCCCGCACUAUUAUCAUUUAUAUUCAUGAUGAAUACAUUGAGAUUGCAAAAGAUUUCAUGGUCUCUGUUAAUGGAAGAGCCACAGAAUUACCAACCAGUGUCUCAUCAGUCUCUGUGCACCGCAGCUUGCAUUCCCUACAUGUGGACAGCCACCUCUAUGGAUUUAGAGUGAACUGGAAUCUUGCUCAAGAUGUUACAAGUGUAACUAUUCAUGGUUCAUACUUUGGGAAGACAGGAGGACUUCUGGGGCUGUACAAUUAUGAGCCCUAUGAUGACUUCCAGUUCCCAAGUGGAGAACUGACAGAUGAUGGCACAAUGAUGGCAGAAAGUUGGGAUGUGAGUCCAGUGCACUGUGUAUCGACCGGCAACAUUGCACGGCUGCCGUCCAAAGUUCCUAUUGAAGCCUGCACACAACUGUUCCACAGUAAAGGAUCUCCUCUGAAAGGAUGCUUUUAUGAGGUGGACUCCAAGGCCUACCAUGACAUGUGUCUAGUGGACUACAACACACACCAACCCUCAGAGCACAACACUUGUACCGCUGCUGCUGCGUACAUGGAGGCAUGUGGCAUGAACAGCAUUCCUAUCAAGAUUCCUUCCUACUGUGUGCAGUGUAAGUACAUGAAUAACAACAUGGAGCUGAUGAUGCUGCAGGAGGGAGUGCCAGUUGUGUUAGAUGAGGAGGACAUACUCAAAUCAACUGAUAUUGUUAUUAUCAUUGAAGCGCAGAGUUGCAACACAAUACUGAGCGAGAAGAAACCUGUCAGUCGCUUUGGUACGUUUAUCAAGGAACUUAAUGAAGAACUGCAGAACAGUGGUCUUCAUCAUAUAAGGUAUGCCAUGGUGGUCUAUGGGGGAGAGCCACCAUUCUCCAUGCCAGUCGUAGCAACAGUCAACAACCAAAUCUUCACUGAUGCUGCCAACAUUGACAAAGCUUUGGAUCAUGUUACAUUCAUGAGUGGAGCAUACAGUGAGCAUAUAGAUAAUUCCUAUGAUGCUUUUGUGGCGUAUUCAUUUGCUGCCAGCCUCAACUUCCGGGCAGGAGUCACCAUCUCCUUCAUCCACUUCCCAUGCCAAUCAUGCCAACCCUUCCUUCCCUCGAUGGAGUACAGCACUAUGUACCACAUCCUCUUGGAGUACUCUGUCACCCUGCAUGUCUUCAAUCAAGACCUCUUUGACAUACCCAAAGCCAGAGAAAAGAAAAAGCUUCUAGGCAUAGACAGUGAGUCGGCCUACACCAUGAAGGAUGCCAGGGGGUCAGGUUUGAGGGGAGACAGAGCGCUGAAGUCACAGGUGUCAAUACCCAAGGACAAGCUGGGCUACUGUGCUCCUUUGGCUCAUCAGACCAAUGGUACCAUUUUCACCUCUGCUGUCCUUGUUAUCCCUGCACAACAAGCUUCAAGGACUAACCGGAUCAAGAAGAAAAUUCAGAAACUUGCUAUAGUGUUUGGUAGACGUCUGGCCAUGACUGCUUACCCAAGAGAGAAGAAAAGAUGUGUGUGUAUUCCAAGGGGACCAGAUGGAGGUGGCAUCAUUGAAUGUGACAACUGGGGCAGUGGACCUCUUGCAAUUCUGAGAGACUAUGGCUAUGACACUGAGAUCUCCUACACACCUGAAACGAACAGUGGAGAAGUAGGGUCAUGUAUAGAAAGAGGGGCUGAUGGUCAGUGUCUGCAGCUCAUGGACAACUAACAGGCUGGCUGGUGCCACUUGUCACUUGUCACUUGUCAGUCCAGCUCUUACAAGUAAGACUAUCUGCUGAAAUAAUCAAUAAUGUUUCAGCAUAAAAUAUAUGAAGGUGAAGACAAAGAGGUGCAUAUCAUGGACCUCUUUCCAAAUGAUAGUGUCACCUCCCGCUGCCGUACAUCACCCCAUUCCAUCCCCAUUGCAUUGCACGCAGCCACCCAGCAUGUUCAUCACUCCAAGACAGAUGCAUCUGAUGGGACAGACGUGUAGUACGACUGACAGUGCUAAAAAAAAAUGUUGCCAAAGUAGGACAAAGGAACCUUCAGUCCUUACAAUUGUGACUAUAAUUCAUAUUUGGUUUUACCUUUGCUAAUUUGUUGAUUCAUUACCUAUUUAUAUUUUAAUUGUUUAUUUUCAUUUAUUUCUUUUAUUUAUUCGUUUAUUAUUUUUACAACAUUCUAAGGAGCUUAAAUGAUGAUAGCUACCAACAUACAUUGUUUCUUUACUGGUACAUAUGUACUACAUCUGUCUACAUUGUAAAUGUAGCAUUUAUAUUUAGUUAGGUUACUGUUCUAAUAGUGUAACAAACUUUAAAGACUACAUAGUUAACAGCACAUUCAUUAUGCAUUCAGUUACUUUUAGAGCAACUGAUUAUAGUUUUUUUUUUUUUUUUUUUUUUUUUACUUAUCUUUUACAAACUGUAGUUAUGAACAGUGAAGGUUGCAACGUCAUGCCUUAGCAUUGACACAGUGUCUGGAACCACACUUGUAGUACGCUGUAGCAAUACUUGUCACUUAUCAGUAUGUGCAGGCAGUAAAGAUCAAUAAUUGCCAUUUAGUAUAAUUGUCAAUUAUGUUUCAUAUAAUAGAAUUAAUACUGCCUGUGUAUAUUAUAUACUCGUAAUAGUCAGCGUUCCUAAAGCAAGGUAAUAAUUAGGAUGCCAAAUACGACGGUGCAACCUUCAGUCCUGUUCAUUGCUGCUGUGGAUAUGCUUGUUGUGUGAAGUCCAUGUAAAUUAUUAACAUGUAAAUUAACUUUAUAUCUUUUGUUUUGGGGUUUCUAUUAAAACUGGUACACCAUAAUUAUUUUUCUCUUAAAGAAUGUUAAAUUGUUUUCAGGUUAUCUGAUAUAUUCUUAACAAUAGGUUGAAGUUGUAUGUAAUGUGCAUUAUAGAUUUAACUUGUCAGUUAUACAGUAGUAGAAUAUAAGUUCAGUUAAACAAGUUAUUAAAACAUUGUUUUUCAGAAUAUUUUUUUUAAUAUGUGAUAUAAUAACAUCCUUAUUAGGAAGUAUUGAAACCACCUUUUUUAAUGUUUUUUUGUACAUAUGGGAAUGUAUUGAAUACAAUGCCAGUGUUUUUUGUUUCUUAUUUCUCUUAGCAGAGUAUCAGUAAUAAUUAUUUAGUUCUUGCACUUCCCAAUGCAUCAGCAAUACAUAACUUGUUGCUGCUCCCUCAUCCCUCCUGGGAAAUGCUUACUCAUGUCCCCCUAUGAUGACCCUGCAGAAUGGAAGGAACAUUGUGUUGGUGCUCUGAAGCUGUUAUACUGUAUUAGGUUAAGGAAUAAUUAAAAGUUUUUACUGUUA